CUGCCGUGACUCAUCUCCGUCAUUGUUCUCUCUCUGGUUUCUGUCAGUCCAGUUUCCUCGUUCUUGUCGCCAAAUCUUUGUUUGUGUUUCAGAACCGAGCCGCUGUUGCUGUUCGGUUCUUCUUCCGGUCUGAACCCGGUAAUACCGACCCGGUACCGGAACCGACACCCGGAGCUACAAACUAACUUUAAACGUUUUCUUGUUUUGAGUCGCUCGGUGUGUGAGCCUCUGUACCUGAGGACAGAUUCACCUGUCGCCGCUCACCUGUUGUCACCAUGCCAGGCUGAUGGCGCAGAGCGCGAGACUCAGAGACGACAGGAAGCUCCGGUAAAGACGGAUUAACGUACAGAGAAAGGGACGACCCGGGACUUUAUAGUGACAUGGAUUCACUGGACUCAGGACAGAAGUUCUGUCCCCGACAGGACCAUGAGUGGGACACCACCCUUCAGUUCCUGCCGGCCUCGGAUGCGAAGCAGCUGGAGAAGACGCCUGGCUGCAGGAGGAAGCUGUGGAUGGGAGUGGGUCUGGUGGUGGCGGCGGCUGCUGUGGCUCUGCUCUGCGGACUGCUCGUCUGGCACUUUCACUUACGCCGUGAUGUCAGAAUGAAGAAACUUUACAUCGGCUCCAUGGAGAUCAACAACCAGCACUUUGAGCCGGACUAUGAAGAUUCCAGCAGUUCCAAGUUUAAACAGCUGGCCUCUCUGGUCAACAGACAGCUGAAACUGAUUUACUCCAAAAACUCUGUGCUGACCAAAUACUUCAAAGGCUCCACGGUUCAGGCCUUCAGUGAGGGAGACGCUGGCGGCGACAGCAUCGUGGCGUAUUACCAGUCAGAGUUUGACGUCCACGUCCUCCAGCAGGACUCGCUGGACGAAGCCAUCAAGUCUCUGGAGCCGUCGGCAGGAAGUCAGUCGGGCCGACACGGACGCCUGCUGCUGAAACCCACCGACGCUCUCAACGUCAACAACGUCGUCUCACAAGCUAUCGACCCGCGCAUGACGAGGAGCUCUUUGUUUGUGAAAAAGUCCUUCAACGUCCACGUCAGUAAACCAGGAUUCGUCCAGUCUCCGGGGUUUCCGGACUCUUCGUACCCUCCCAACGUCUACCUGCAGUGGAGGCUGAGGGCCGACCCCGGCCACCGAGUCCGCCUGGACUUCCACACUCUGAUCCUGGAGGACGACUGUCAGCAAGACUUCAUCAAAAUCUACGACUCCCUGGCUCCGAUCGAGCAGCGCGUCCUGACAGAACAGUGUGGAUACCCUCAUGAGUCUCUGUCCUUCCUGUCCUCUGGAAACGUCCUGUUGUUGACUCUGCUCACCAGCGGGGACAAGAACUUCCCCGGCUUCAGAGCCAACUACUCCCAGAUCCCUCAGGCUCAGCUAAAGUGUGGAGGGACACUGACCGGAGACAGAGGCUCCUUCUCUUCACCUUUCUUCCCCUCCAACUAUUCUCCGAAAACCUCGUGUGUGUGGACCAUCGAGGCGUCAAAGGAAAAGUUUGUGAAGGUUCAGUUCAACAAGUUCUUCGUGGGAAACUACAGCAGCCAGUGUCACACUGAUUACGUUGACAUCAACGGUCAAAGACUGUGUGGCAGUAAACCAAAGAGCACCGUGAUCACCAGCCGCAGCAACAAGAUGACCAUCAAAUUUAACUCGGACUCGUCCUACGUUGACCAGGGCUUCACCGCCGAGUACGAAGCCUUCGUCCCGACGAAUCCUUGUCCCGGAAGGUUCCAGUGCACCAACAACCUCUGCAUCAACAACACGCUGCAGUGUGACGGCUGGAACGACUGCGGAGACGGCAGCGAUGAGGAUAACUGCAAGUGCGAUGCGUCUCAGAUGAAGUGUAAAAACGGCCGCUGUAAACCAAAGUUCUGGGAGUGUGACGGGUUCGACGACUGUGGAGACAACAGUGAUGAGCAGAACUGUGUAAAAUGUAAAGCAGGAGAGUUUUCCUGCAGAAACAGCCGCUGUAUCCUGGAGAAGCUCAAGUGUGACGGGAAAGACGACUGUUCAGACGGAUCAGACGAGUCUACGUGUGAGAAAUCUCUGGUUCUGCAGAAGUGUUCAGAGUUCACCUUCCUGUGUCGGAGCGGACACUGCAUCAGUAAACUGAACCCAGAGUGUGACGGAGAGCAGGACUGUGAGGACGGCUCUGAUGAGGACGACUGCCAGUGCGGGACGAGGCCGUACCGGAGCUCUCGUAUCGUGGGCGGUCAGGUGUCACGGGAGGGGGAGUGGCCCUGGCAGGUCAGCCUCCAGAUCCGGGGAACGGGUCACGUGUGUGGAGCGUCGGUGCUGAGUAACCGCUGGCUGCUGACCGCCGCCCACUGCGUCCAGGACAGCGGACCAAAGAAGUACUCUCAGGCGGACCAAUGGGAGGCCUUGCUGGGUCUGCACGUGCAGAGUCAGACCAAUGAGUGGACGGUGAGGAGGAACGUGAGGCGGAUCAUCGCUCACAAGGACUACAACGGCUUCACCUACGACAACGACAUCGCUCUGAUGGAGCUGGACGCCAACGUCACCCUCAACCAGAACAUCUGGCCCAUCUGUCUGCCCUCCGCCACCUACGACUUCCCAGCAGGCCGAGAUGCGUGGAUCACCGGCUGGGGCGCCACCAGAGAGGGAGGCCUCGCCGCGACCAUCCUGCAGAAGGCGGAAGUUCGGAUCAUCAACAGCACAGUGUGCAAGACUCUGAUGGAAGAUGAUGUCACUGACAGGAUGCUGUGCGCCGGAAUCCUCAAAGGAGGCGUGGACGCCUGUCAGGGCGACUCCGGCGGCCCGCUGUCCGUCACCGGCCUCAGUGGGCGGGUCUUCCUGGCUGGCGUGGUGAGCUGGGGUGACGGCUGCGCUCGCAGGAACAAACCCGGUGUCUACACCAGAGUCACCAAAUACCGCAGCUGGAUAAAGCAGAACAGCGGAGUGUAGCGGCAGAGCAGAGCAUGGCGGGGAUUUCUCCUGGACGUUUCUGACGGGGACUGUUUUUACUGACGAUCACAGCAGAGUCUGUGAAUCUAUUUAAAGGUUUUAAAGUUUAGAAAUCAUGUUUCUAUGAAAACAUCUUUAUACUUGUGCUCCUCUUCAUCUCACAGGUAAUACUGUACUUUUUAUUCAACUACAUCUAUCUGAUGCCUUCAGGGACUCUGAGAUCUGACGCAUGUCUGUAGAUUAAACCAAAUAACACAGACACGUUACUGCAGCAGUUUUACUGAUACAUUCUGUCUGUUAUUACUUUAACUGCAUUUUACUGAUACGCACAUACUUUCACAUUAAGGUUUUGAAUGCAGGACUUUUACUUGUACUGUAAAUAAUGAUGAUAAAAUAUUCUCAGGGCAAAAAGGAAAAUACUUUAAUAUUCUCAGAUUUUAUGAACAUUCAAGCUUCAAACGUCGACUCAUGAUCUCAGUCUUCUCUCUUAAAUACUAAGUCAUCAGCAGAGUGAAUGAUUUAACGGAUUCAGUUUGUGUUUUUGGUUUGAUGCGCUCAGAACGACAGUUUCUGUGUUAACCACAGUCAGCUCUUCAGCAGUUAGACUCUCUGAACUGGACUGAACGAGUUAAACAGGAUCAACAAGUUAGAACACUGAACUCUGUCACACGCUCUCAGAACGAAAGCUUCACCUCAGGGUUUAACUCCAGGAUGACACGCCGUUGGCCGUUUCCACUGAGCGCUGGUCAUGUGAUUAAAGUCACGGCUGCAGACACUGUGGCUUCAUAACAAACUGAAACCUGAGGAACCACCUUUAGGCUGGAACACAUGCCGCGUUUUCAACCAUCUGGAAAAGGCGAGGUCCGGCACUAGCUGCUGCUGCUGUGCCUCUUCUGUGCCAACUAGUUGCUGGCGACCAUAACCAGCACCAUAUCAUAGCCUACAUACCAGAAACCCUGAGUUCAGAGCUGAUCUUUCUCCAGACGUUGACUGUUAACUGAAUAUUGUCUGUGGGACAUGUGAAGCUCCGUGUAACCCUGCACUAAAAUGAUCAACUGCUUCUCUGUAUGUAUCAGGCCUGGGCUACACUGCCUGUGUGAGCAGCGUGUGACGAUUACCUCGCUGAACUGAUGAAGCUCGCACACUUGUGGUGUUCACAAAAACACAAAGACAGCGUCUCUGCUGCGGUGCUGCUACGAUGAUGUUUACAGACGUUGAAACUGUAGUGACAGGUGGUGUCAUGUCAAUAUGAUCAUUAAAAGAAAAAAUCGGUGACACUCCAGUUCUCUAGACAUAUUGCAGCCACGCUGCACCUGAGCAGCACUGCACAUGCAGGCAGUGUGGCUACACUAAUGUGUUAACAUGGCCGCAAAAAAAAAAGAAACAAAUCCCAAGGAUGUACCUUGACACACACGAGCUGCUCACGCAGGCACUGUGGCC